AUGUCCUUGUGGCUGAAAAUCCUGCUUAUUUUACUAUUAGCAUUUGAAUGGUGGAUCUUGAUUAAUGCAAAUGAAUCGAAUGAUGAUUUUAGUUAUGGAUUAAGAGUAUCACUCAACGAUAACUUCACUGUAGCUACCUUUAAUAAAUUUCACACAUAUGCUAUUCGUUUUUUAUCGAAAAUGAUCAAUAUAGAAUGUGAAAUUCGUUAUCGAUAUCCUGAAUUAAAUGUUUACAGUCUUUCUGCUUUGAUGAUGAAACCAGAAAGUGAUACAUUCUCAUUCGUGCAAAUUAGCGAGAAUACAUCAUCGCAUCACGUUAUACUAAGCGUAGUUACUUCUAACAUAACCAAUUGUAAGAGAAAAAAUGAACCUACAAUGCUCAAUCAGAUAGUAUGGACACAUGGUCAUCAGGAAUCCAUAUUAUUAAAAGCUGAUCCACAAGAAGAAUAUGCUUAUGUUUUUGCCGAUUCAUUUGUCCUGUCCUACAACUUAUUUACAAAGAAAGUAAUUCAAUCAUUUAAUAAUACCUUCUUUGACGAAAAUGUAGAAACAUUCAUUCCAAAAGCAGUUGAUCUCACCAAUGAAUUGGCUAUUGUAACUGGUUACAGUCCAUAUCAACGUUUUGAUCUCCACUUAUGGAAAAUCUAUCCGAUUCAACUUCGACCUAAAAUGGCAUCCUUAUGUCCUGUUUCGAACGCGUCUAGUAUUAUCGAUAAUAUCAUUCGCAUGGGCAAAUCUGACCAGACUCCGAAAAAUCGAAAUUAUGGAAUGUCAGUUUCGAUCGAUCCUUCAGGAAGGUUCACAGCAUUCGGAAGUACCUUAUUAAACAUAGUACGAAUUUAUAAAAUAUCAGAUAAUAAGAAUUGUGCGCGCGGCAACGUUACAUUCGGUACAAUAAGACCAAACAUUGGUUCUAAUAUGCAAGAUAUAGGUUUUGGCCGUUCUAUUGCUUGGCUUGAUGAUAAAGGCACACUUGCUGUCCUCGUAUACAAGUCGACAAAUCAAACUUGGUCAGAAUCCGAGAUAUAUGUGUUCAAAAAUAUUUCAACUAAUUCUAAUAUUGUUGAUGCUCAGCCCGACUUUAUUCUCCCUAAUAAUCAACAAACGUUAGCACCAUUACCAAAAGCAUCUUUUCUUUUUAUUCUAGCACAUGCGAAUAACUUGUUAAUCUUACGUAAUGAUCAUAAAUAUCUUUAUGUUCCAGCUACGGAGGCAGGAAACUUACCUACACUAAUCGACAGUUGGAAGUGUCAUGCUUGUAUUAUGCGACUAAAACCAUGCGUCAGUGGAUCGUACAAAGAUGCACCUGGUGUCGGUCCCUGCACAGUUUGUCCGCCAGGAUUGAGGAAUCCGGGCUAUCGUCCAUCAGUUCAUUGUCAAGCAUGCAAUUUGACGUCGUUUUGUCCACGAGGUGCUUCCAAUGAAGUCAAUCUCAAUGAUUUUUUAUCAUAUAAUCAAACAUUUUCAUAUCCGAAUUCACCUAUUAUUGAUAAUUAUGACGAUCUAUUAAUACUUAACUUCUUGAACAUUGAUCACACAAUUCAUUGCAUAGUCGCUUCACCACUUUUUUGGGCUGCUCUAGCUAUAGUAUGUUGUUUUAUUAUAUGGUUGAUUAUGUGUCUUGUGAAAAUGCGACGGAUAAACGUUAUGGAUACUCAUCGGAAACGUAUCAAAUACGUUCUCAAGAAAUUUGAUCUUUUCGGAGAAGGAAAACACUGGAUAGGUGGUUUAAUAUCGUUUGUUAUUUUAUUUCUUAUUAUGUUUUCUUGUUGGUUUGCUUACGAUUAUUUUCAUUCGUACCCAAUAGAAACCGCAAAAACUUAUCGUGCAUUAUGCAAAAACAAUCAAAUGAAUACAAAAUUCAGUAAUGGUCUCCAGGUGCCAUUACCAGCAGCAGAUGGUACUCUUUGGAAGAUUUUUGAAAUGCUCAACCAUCAAAAUUUGACGAUGACGGUCUAUCUCAUAAAUACUAGAACACUAUGUGAUAAUAUCAUCGUUGAACGCCUAAGAUAUAGGGGUACUCCUCAACUUUUGAAGAUAAAAGGCUGCAACCUUUCCAAUAUCUAUCCUGUUGUAUCGUUCAGUGUUGAUUUGUAUACUCAUACGGAAAAUAUUCAAGUCACAAUCAAUGGACCUCACUUUAUAGGAGCUGUUCGACUUUGUCUGUAUGGACCACAAUUAAUUGAAGAUACUCUAUCUGGAAUUCAUCGGUUAAGAGAACUUGAUGUAUGUAAUCUUUUCUAUACAGAAAAUCAAACAAUUGGACUUACGACCAAUUUUAAUGUACGUCUUAUAAAAGUUAUUAACAUCACGGAACCAUUAAAAGGAAAUGAUAGAAUAAUUUUCGAUGGUAGAUGGGCACCAACGACAAAAUAUGUCGAUGAUCUCUCAGACGAACUUUAUUUUGAAAAAGAUGGACAAUACUUGCGAUAUGCUUCACAUACUACAAAGUUUAUCCUUCGGUUUAAAGAAGAAACUUACUUUCUUGAAAAUAUACAAUCACCAAUUAUUCGACUUCAGGCACUUGUCUUUCAUACACUUCUUUUCUUUUCAUUACUUAUCGAAAUUGUUGGUAUCCUCUUUCUCAUGUUCAAACUCUGUUGUUCACCUCUUUUGCGGCUAUUUCUUCCAUCAUUUCAUGACAAUUCUUUCAAAUACGAUUUACGAAUGAAUAAAAUACAGUCUAAUAUCAACAGUGAAAAUCCUCAGUUCAAUGAUAAUUUGGGAUCGACAAUAAUGAACACCAGCGAUGAAAAACUUCACUGUUGUUGUUGCACAAAGAACGACCGAAAAAUUUUAACACGACCUGCUGGAACAGAACAAUCAAGAUCUUCAUUUACUGAAAUGAUGAGUAAGUGUCUACGUUCGACAGAACUCACGAGUAAAAAAUAAUAGACUUUAAAAUUCAACUUCUUUACUUCCUUGAUUCUUCUUGUCCGACUACAAUGUUGUAGUAGCCUUGAGACAUUGUGAGAACGCUAUUUAAAAUUCAUGUAAAAGAUAAUAUAAGAUUUAAUAGUGCUCGACUACAACAAAAUCAAUCAAAUUAUCGAAUAUAAUACACGAUCAUUACAUCAGUAAGUAUAAAGUUUCAUUACAACUUCAUCAGACAUUGUUCUUAUGAUACUGGAGCCCCAAUGAUAUUUUGCACCAAUGUUUUUCAAAAAUUUUCAUUCAUAGUGCAUCGAUGAGACAAAUCUUUGCUUGUUACUUAAAUGAAUCUCAUAGAAUUUUUUUCUCUAGUUAAAAACUCUCUUCCGCCAACGACGAUAUCAACUACUGAAGUUGUUACCUCGCCUGAACAUGCGAAUUUUCAACGUUCAUUUGAAUAUUUUGACAAAAGGCUUGAUGCAUUGCAGACCCAAAUUGAUGAACUAAAUCGACAGAUCAGUCAUCUUCGGCAACGACCGACUUAAACUGAGCAAGAUUAGUAAGAAUAACAACGGCAAUGGUUUUGAUUUUUCUUUUGCUUUCAAAAAUAUCAGUAACGAUCACAAGCAUUUUGGGUGUGUGUACGAAUGUCUUCUUGUCAAGCACAUCGAUACUGACACCCACACUCUAAAUUGUGUAGUAUUUCUUUUUUUUUUUCUAUGGCUGUGAACUCCAGGUUUUUGAUAUUCUGUUAGCUUCACAUCAAUUUCAUAAUGCUUUCUUAAACAUAGUUAUUGGCACUCUUUCAAGCAUUUACUUUAAACUGAUGAGGGCAUGGGAUGUGGUUGGGUAUGGCCCUGAGGUGUGGGUGCGGAUGUGGCUGUGAGAGUGGGUCGUCUCUUGGUCGAUACCCACACCCUACAUUGUUGAAAGAUAGUUGUAUUCUUGAAGUUAAAAAAUCAAAAGAAAAUUUUCGAAAAAAACGCAAAAAAAUUUCUUACCAACCUAGUAUUCAAUGCGUAUUCGUUCUGUUUUCGGUUGUUUUUUGUUUGAAGCCCAUACUUUGUGUUAAAAGAUACGUCAACAUUGCAUAAAUAACGAAUAUUGACAUGUGACUGACAUGAGUCGUCUUAGAAUUUCAUAGUGAGGUACGUUUAUCAUUUUAGAAGUUGCAUUAAAACAUUUCGAUUCGAAAUUAAAUCAAAUUUGUUAAUCUGUUAGACCAUGUCUGAUGUUGUUCUGGAAGGGUGUGGGGGUGGGGGGUGGGUGGGGGGGGGGGGGGGGCUGUGGACUGUGGGUGUGGAUGUGGGUGUGGGUGUGUGGGUGUGGCUGUAGCUGUGUGUUACGGCCUUUUCUCAAUCCACACCCACAUCCACACACCCACACCCACACCCACACCCACACCCACACCCCCACCCACCCCCACACCCCCACCCACACCCACCCCCCCCCCCCCACCCCCACCCCCACCCACACCCACACACAAACCCAAAACCAA